AUGGAGCCGCAGCCCAGGGGCUGCGCGGCGGUGGUUGUGGCUCUUCUCCUGGUGCUGCUGGGAGCCCAGGGCCAGGGUAGCACGCCUAGCCCUAGGUGUGACUGUGCCCGUGACUCCCAGAAGAGGAAUGGUCUGUUCUGUUGCAGGGGCUGUCCAGAAGGGCACUAUCUGAAGGCCCCCUGCACAAAGCCCUGCGGGGCCGCCACCUGCCUUCCGUGCCCCCAGGGCACGUUCUUGGCCAGGAAGAACCACCAUGAAACCCGCUGUGCCCGCUGCCAGGCCUGUGAUGAGCAGGCCUCUCAGGUCGCCCUGGGGAACUGCUCAACAGUGGCGGACACCCACUGUGGCUGUGAGCCUGGCUGGUUCAUGGAGUGCUCCGUGAGGCACUGUAGCGCUGGCUCACCCUUCCACUGCCGUCUGUGCUCAGACUGCGAGGCCGUCCACCGCCAUACCCGUGUGCCCUGUUCGGGCAGAGACACUGACUGCGGAGCCUGCCUGCCUGGCUUCUAUGAACAUGGUGACGGCUGCUCGCCUUGCCCCACGAGCACUCUUGGGAGCUGUCCUGAGCCCUGUGCUGCUGUCUGUGGCUGGAGGCAGAUGUUCUGGGUCCAGGUGCUCCUGGCAAGCCUGGUGGUCCCACUCCUGCUUGGCGCCAUGCUGACCUAUACGUACCGCCGCUACCAGCCUCGCAAGUCCAUGAUUCCUGCAGAUGAAGCUGGGAAGGAGGCCGUGAGCCCCCUGCAGGCCACCCACCUCUCAUCCCCGGGCAGCACCCACACCCUUCUGGCCCCACCUGGCAGCAGUGAGAAGGUUUGCACUGUCCAGUUGGUAGGCAACAGCUGGACCCCUGGUGCCCCCCAGACCCAGGAGGCUCCCUGCCCAGAGGUGCCAUGGUCCUGGGACCAGCUGCCCAGCAGAGCCCUUGGCCCGCCUAUGGCGCCUGCGCUUCCGGCAGCGCCCCCUGCAGGUUCGGCAGCCACGGCGCUCCAGCCAGGUCCACAGCUUUACGACGUUAUGGACGCGGUGCCCGCGCGGCGCUGGAAGGAAUUCAUGCGCACACUGGGGUUGCGCGAGGCGGAGAUUGAGGCCGUGGAAGUGGAGGUCGGCCGCUUCCGCGACCAGCAGUACGAGAUGCUCAAGCGCUGGCGUCAGCAGCAACCCGCAGGCUUGGGUGCCGUCUAUUCGGCCCUGGAGCGCAUGGGGCUGCAAGGCUGCGCCGAGGACCUGCGUAGCCGCCUCCAGCGUGGUCCGUGA